AUGGAGUCCAUCCAGUCAUACGUCCAACAGGCACAAGCCGCGGGCAAGAAGUUGAUUAUGGAGGAAUGGGGCUCAUGCUAUUACGACACUUUGAACAGCAAUUGCCCAGUAGGCGACCCGCUCCCCACUGCCACCCGCAACGCCAACAUUGCAGGAUGGGCGAGCAACAUCACUGCCGCAGGUCUUCCAUGGCUGUAUUGGGAAGUCCUCCCAGAUGCUGAUCCUCACGAAGGGGAUGAUUUCGAGAUUGGCCUCGUCGAUCCGUCAUGGCCCACUCUCAAGCAGGCUGCCUUGGCAGCGCCCCGGGCCCCUGCGGCAUUUGACUUCUCGGAGUACUUAUUUGAUCUAGGGCUUGAUGGAUUCUUGUGUCGUUGUGAUUCGGAGCUACGCAAAUCUACGCAACCUCUGUUAUGCACCACUUCGGACACUGCAUAA